GGCCAGCUGGCUCCAGUCUCUUCUGAUCAGUGCCAUGGCCAAGACCCUUAGUGACCAUCUGCUGAGCACCCUGGAGGAACUGGUGCCCUAUGACUUUGAGAAGUUCAAGUUCAAGCUACAGAACACCAACCUGGAGAAAGAGCACUCCCGGAUCCCCCGGGGCCAUCUUCAGAUGGCCAGGCCGGUGAGGCUGGCAACCCUACUGAUCACCCAUUAUGGAGAGGAAUAUGCUGUGCAACUGACCUUGCAGGUCCUGCGAGCCAUCAACCAGCGCCUCCUGGCAGAGGAGCUGCACAGGGCCACUGGCCAGGGAUAUCCAACACAAGACAGCGGCACCGACACAUCCACAGGGUCUUCUUCUGGAGAGAAUAAGCCCAAGAGCCAGAAGGAGCCAGAUGGCCCAGAAGAUGAUGGGCAGCAGCAAAGUGGUGGGGGACUGGCCAGCCUGCCAUCCAGCCAGCAUGAGGCGGGGAGGGGGCCCCAGAAGAAGUCCCAGAGCAAACGGAGGGAUCAGAAGGGCUCUGAGGUCCUGGAUGUGCAGGGAAAGCCUCUGUCCCGGAGCACAGGACUGCCCUCCAGAAGAAGCCUGGUCCUUGCCCAACUGCCAGGGGACAAGGAGAUCAGGAAGAGUGCCCAGCUCCGCAGGAAUGCCAGCUCUGCAGGAAGGCUCCAGGGGCUGUCCAGUGGGGCUCCAGGAAGGAAAGAAUCCAAGAAAUCUGAAGUAUAUUUACAUUCAGUGAAGCAGCGACCCAGAAGUUUUGAAUUUACCGUUUCUUCAGAAGAGAGAGAAUCCCCAAAUCCAGAAACUCUUCUGACUUCUCUUGCAAAAAUGAGAAAUGCAAAACCAGACUCAGCAGCCAGCCCCAGGGGAAUAGUCAUUCUGGAUGGAGAGGCAACUGUGACUCUGGAGAAGGGCUACACAAGUCCAGAACAUUCCAUGGUCCUGACAGGGAAAACAGUCAGGAACACACUUUGCAAUGCAUUAUUGGCUAGAGAGGAGAAAUCCAUAUCAUCUUGGGAGGAGCAUGGAGUUAGAGAUGCAGAGACCCAGGAGACCCUGGAGAAGAUGACGGGCAGUGUGUGCCCUGAGUCAUCAAAUUCAGAAGUACCUUUGUCUUCAGGGAGGCCACAGGAUGAGGCUGCAUUUCCCCUUUGCCACACCCAGAAAGGAGAUCUUCUUGUUGGUACCAGUGUGCUAGAUUCCUGCAGCUGCCCAGUUGCUUCAGGGGAGCCUGAGACCCUUAGAAGUCACUUGCCUAGCUGCCUGCAGUGCCAGGCCUCACUCAGAAAGAAGAGCUCUGGAGGCCUGAGCCCUGAGCCCCUGCCACAGUGCAAGCGCCAUAUGAAGCAGGUGCAGCUGCUCUUCUGUGAGGACCAUGGGGAGCCCAUCUGCCUCAUCUGCAGGCUGAGUCAGGAGCAUCGAGGUCACCGGGUGCGCCCCAUUGAGGAGGCUGCCUUGGAAUACAGGGAGCAAAUCCAGAAGCAGCUGGAGCAUCUGAAGGAGCUGAGGAAAUCUGGAGAGGAGCAGAGAUCCCAGGGAGAAAAGAAGACAGAGCACCUCCUGAAACAAACUGAAACCCAGAAGGAGAGGGUCCGGUGCCAACUGAAGCAGCUGUGCCAGUUUCUAGAGCAGCAGGAGCAGCUAUUUGUGGCCUGGCUGGAGGAGCUGGACCAGACCAUUGGUCAGGUCAGGGAGACCUUCGACACUCAGGUGUUCCAGCACAUCUCUGUCCUUGAUGAGCUCAUUGGGGAGCUGGAAGCCAAGCAAAGCCAGUCUGAAUGGGAGAUCAUGCAAGACGUCGGAGUCACCUUGCACAGGGCCAAGACGAUGACUGUCCCUGAGCCAUGGGCUGCUCCUCCAGAGGUGAAAGAAAAGAUCCACCUACUCUACCAGAAAAUAGAGUUUGUGGAGAAGAGCACACAGCACUUCACAGAAACACUGCGAUCAGAAAUGGAAACGCUUAAUGUCCCAGAACUGAUUGCUGCACAGGCACAUUCUGCUAGUGUAAUCCUGGAUCCAGCAACCGCCCACCCCAACCUCGUCUUCUCUGAUGACAUGAAAAGUGUGAGACUUGGAAACAGAAAUGAUUGGCUACCUGACAGCCCAGAAAGAUUCAAAAGCUGCAUCAUCACCCUGGGCUCUCCCAGUUUCUUCUCUGGCCGCCAUUACUGGGAGGUGGAGGUUGGAGACAAGACAGCAUGGGUCCUGGGAGUGUGCAAGGCAUCAGUGUGCAGGAAGGGAAGCAUGACUCUGUCACCAGAGAAUGGCUGCUGGGUAGUGAUGAUGAAGCAAAACGAGUACCAGGCAUCCACCUGUCCUCCAACCCGCCUGCAAUUGAGAGAGCCCCCCAGGCGUGUGGGCAUCUUCCUGGACUGGAAGAAUGGGGACAUUUCUUUUUACAAUGUAACCGCCAGAUCCCCCAUUUACAAAUUUACUGGCUUCUCUUCCUCUGGGCCCCUUCAACCUAUCUUCAGCCCUGGGACACAUGAUGGAGGGAAGAACAUGGGUCCUCUGACCAUCUGCCCAGUGGGUGGCCAGGGGCCCUACUGAUUGCCCAACACUGCCUCUCAGUUCCAACUCCUGGCCUUGUGUCUUGCACUCAUGCACUCAACAGUCACUAAUGGUGCACUCACUGGGUGCCAGUUGCUGAUGUCCAAGUUGCUUGCCAAAUCACAGCAGAGCUAAACUAGGUAUCCAAAUACUGGCAAAUCAAGUGUGAAGAUAUCAAAGUACCAAUGAUAUGCAGUGGCUAUCAGAGAAGAAGGCACAUGGCCAUUGUAUAAGUCCUUGGAUGAAUUUACUCUUAAUACUCUUCUCUCCUUUCCUUCCCCAUGGCAAGGAUAUGUCCCUCUUUCAGUCUUCCCCUGUCUUGAGGAUAUGGAAAACCAAGCAGACUGGAUUGUUACUGAAGUAUAUGUAUAUCUGGGUUAAUGAACUAUGAUUCUUAAAAGUAUUGAGUAGGCCUCAUGAAUAAAUGAACUAGAAAAUUUGAUCAUAACUGCAUCUGUUACUCAGCUGGGUGUCCCAUUCCCCUACUAAAUACCAUAAAAGAGAUAAAGCUAUUAAAACACUUAACACAUAUUCCAACUAUCAGAUUAUUCUGUCUGGUUUGAAUCAGAAAAUCUGCGGGCUUGUGUAAUAGUAGAUGUUCUGGUUCACACAUGUCCCCCAACUCAUCCCCCAUUUAGAAAGAUGUAAAGAAAAGGAAUUAAUUAGAAAAAUGGUGGCUCACCCCUGUAGACCCAGCUUCUCAAACACCUGAGGCAGGAGGCUCACUUGAGACCAGGAGUUCAAGGUCUGACAAAACAAAUAAAUAAAGUUUUUCU